AUGACAUCCUUUUUCUGCCUACCGAUGGGAUGUCAGCGGCAGGUGGACUCGUUAGAUCGGAGUCAGUCCAAUCUACAGUCGAUCCCAUCUGACAUUUACAGGUUUCGCAAACUGGAAGACCUGAACCUAUCCAUGAACAACAUCAAAGAUCUCGGACGGCUAUUCACGCUUCGGAGGUUGAAAGUGCUAGACGUUUCAGACAACGAAAUCUCAAUGCUACCAGCAGAAAUCGGACAGCUCACUCAAUUAAUCGAGCUGAAUCUGAAUCGAAAUGAAAUCACGGACAUUCCGGAGACGUUGAAAAACUGUAAAAUGCUGGCGAAUCUCAAAUUGAAUGGUAAUCCAUUCACAAGAUUACCGGAAAGUAUAAGUGAAUGCACAUCCAUCACAAUCCUCUCACUCAACGAAACUAAUCUAACCGCUCUUCCGUCCGCAAUGGGAUCUCUGGCGAAUCUACGAGUUCUCGAGGCUCGUGAGAACCAUCUACGAACGAUUCCUUCCUCGAUUGUGGACCUGAAACUACUGGAAGAGCUGGAUUUAGGACAAAAUGAAAUCGAGGAUUUGCCGGCGAAACUCGGAAAACUAUCGAGUCUUCGUGAAUUUUAUGUCGAUAUGAAUAGUUUGACAAGUCUACCAGAUAGUAUUUCCGACUGCCGAAUGCUGGAUCAGUUGGACGUUUCCGAAAACCACAUCAUUCGACUACCGGAAAAAUUUGGAAACAUGUCCGGUCUCACUGAUCUGAACAUUUCGAUUAACGAGAUUAUCGAGCUACCACGGUCGUUUGGAAAUUUGAAGCGGUUACAGAUGUUGAAAGCUGAAAGAAAUAGCCUAACACAGCUGACGCCAGAAAUCGGACAGUGCCAAGCUUUGACGGAAAUGUACUUAGGUCAAAACUUCUUAACGGAUCUUCCCGACUCGAUUGGAGACCUGAGAAACUUGACAACUCUCAACGUGGAUUGUAACAAUCUCAGCGAAAUUCCAGAAACGAUUGGAGACUGCAAAGCUCUCACCGUUCUCUCCCUCCGUCAAAACAUCUUAACCGAGCUGCCAAUGACGAUCGGAAAGUGCGAAAACAUGACAGUCUUGGAUGUUGCUUCGAAUAAGCUCACAAAUCUUCCAUUCACCGUCAAAGUUCUAUACAAACUUCAAGCUCUUUGGCUCAGUGAAAAUCAGACUCAAUCCAUUUUGAAGUUGACAGAAGGUCGAGAUAAUAAGACUGGAAUUAAAAUUGUUACUUGCUAUCUGCUACCUCAAGCAGAUGCUUUGGAAGGAGAUAGUCGUGUUGGAAGUGCCCUUCAUCAGCCGGAUAGAGAAGGACCGACCGGUGGACCAAAAGUUCAUUUCCAUGACCAACAAGAUAGUACCUUCGAAGAAGAAAGAGCUGCAGAAGUACAUCUCGGGAACUUUGAACGCCACAACACACCACAUCCAAAAACACCGAAACACAAGAAGGGAUCGAUAGAUGGACAUAUGGCACCACACGAUACGGAUCAGCCACGGCAGCUCUCCUUGACGUCUAACCAUCGGAACUCUGCGACGUCGUUCGGCGAAUCGAGUAACUCGAUCAAUAGGGAUUUAUCUGAUAUCAGAAUGCCUAACGGUGUCCGAGAAACCACACUGUCUCCAGAACGAGAGGAUAUAUCCCCACCACGCCCACAACAACCACUGGCUACAUCAAAUACAAGCCUAAUAUCCAGUAGUCAACAUACAAUUAGAAUACCAAGAGAUGAUAGCGGGAAACUGGGCCUUUCUUUCGCUGGUGGCACUUCCAAUGAGCCCGCACCGAACAGUAACGGAGAUUCGGGUCUUUUCGUGACCAAGGUAACUAAGGGUAGCGCAGCAGAUCGAUGCGGCCUUCGAGAGGGCGACAAACUCAUUCGUGCCAACGACAUCAACAUGAUCAAUGCGUCUCAGGGCGACGCUAUGCAGGCGAUCAAGAAACGUGAAACUGUUGAACUGGUCGUUUUGAGGCGGUCGCCCUCGCCGGUCUCGAGAACUUCUGAACCUAGCCUAUCUGGCAGUGCUCACGAGCUCAACCAUCUUGAUGCGGGUUCUCCGGAUAGUACCUUGUUCGCUACUUCCUCCAACACUCCCGUGUAUGCUUCUUGA